AUGUCCCUUUGUUUAUUGACACACAAAUGCGACUUAAAAAGUGGCCAAAAUAUAUCGAAUUGGCAAAAAGAAAACAGCAUUGUAAACUAAAAAUAUGUUAUUAGAUAAUUCAUGUUAUGAGCCCUAUGAUUUAGUCGAUGUAUGGACAGAUUAAUAAAUUCUACUCUGAAGAGAUUAACAUACUGAAUUUCAUUGUCAUGCAACAGCAGUGGCGCCCUCCUCCGCAGGAAGUCCCGCCUCCCGCCCUACCGCCAAAGGUUCUCAUUGGCUCCCACGGACGUCUAACAGACAACAGCCAUGUCUGCAUUAUGGGUCAGAUAGAAGACCAUUGGCUUUAACAUAGUUGACAUCGGUGGAUUUAUUCUGCCGUUGUAUCUCCCGAGCGCCUUGUCGGGAAUAAACGGACAUCUUUGCUGACUCCGUCGGAUUUGACGCCUCUCUGCGGCUUUCUCUGCGCCUUUUGUCAGCGGAAACGGCGCCGCGAGGAUGUUUACCACCAGACGCUAAAAACAGUUUAGCGACGCGCCUGGACGAGCCUUUAAAAAAAAAAAAAGAGAAACAGAAAUAAAGGUGUUUCCACAGCCAGGCUCAUGCCAAACACAAGGCGAUCGAUGUGAUUCCCACUGCCGGCGGCGUUUAAAACACACUCAAUUUCUCCAAAUGAUGUCCGGGAAGCAUUUCAAGGCUCAGGAAGUGAGCUGCUGCAUCAAGUAUUUCAUCUUCGGAUUCAACAUAAUAUUCUGGUUCCUCGGAGUGGCGUUCCUCGGCAUCGGGUUGUGGGCAUGGAGCGAGAAGGGGGUUCUCUCCAACAUCUCAUCCAUCACAGACCUGGGCGGCUUCGACCCCGUCUGGCUCUUCCUGGUGGUGGGCGGCGUGAUGUUCAUCCUCGGAUUCGCUGGCUGCAUCGGAGCACUGCGAGAAAACUCUUUCUUGCUCAAAUUUUUCUCCGUCUUCCUGGGAAUCAUCUUCUUCCUGGAGCUGACUGCAGGAAUCCUGGCCUUUGUCUUCAAAGACUGGAUCAAGGACCAGCUAAAUUUCUUCAUUAACAACAACAUUCGGGCCUACAGAGACGACAUUGAUCUACAGAACCUGAUCGACUUCACCCAGGAAUACUGGGAGUGUUGUGGGGCGUUCGGAGCCGACGACUGGAACUUGAACAUUUACUUCAACUGCACCGAUUCAAACCCGAGCCGCGAGAAAUGCGGCGUGCCCUUCUCCUGCUGCACCAAAGAUCCCGCGGAGGAUGUCAUCAACACUCAGUGUGGCUACGACAUUCGAGCAAAGCCGGACUCUGAGCAGCGGACCUUCAUCUACAUCAAAGGAUGCGUUCCCCAGUUUGAGAAGUGGCUUCAAGACAACUUGACAGUGGUGGCGGGCAUCUUUAUUGGGAUCGCUUUACUCCAGAUUUUUGGCAUCUGUUUAGCGCAGAAUCUCGUGAGCGACAUUGACGCCGUCAGAGAGAGUUGUUUGUUUACCUAAAACCUCCACAGAAUCGCCAAAGGCACGAAGGAUGUACCAGGACUGUGAAGGACUCUGCAGUUUGGACGCCAGCAAUGAAGGGAAAUAAUUUACGUGUCCAGAGCAAAGAGUAUCAUUGACAUGUAAAUAGUACAUGUAGAGUUAUUUUUAGAGUUAUUUGUUAGCCUAUUUCUGAAUGAAGCACAACCUCUAAAUUGCAUUGUAGCUCUCAUACAGUACAAAUUGAGCAAAUGCAAUGUCAAAUGUUUUACAAUAUUAGGAGAUGUGCGGCUGAAUCGGCUCAAAGGACAAGUCCCAGGUCAGAAUGAUUUAGUCUGUAGGCCUGCAAAUGAAGAGCGGACGGGGUGAAAACAAGAUUAACUAGUAGAUUUAAUGUUUUUAUCAGUUUAGGGUUCAUUCUGCGAUUCUGGUUUGAUAUGUCUCACGGCUGCAGUUUUUAGCACUGCCUGUAAGGGUUGUGUACAAAGAUGUUAGCGAGUCUGGAAAUGCACUGCAUGCCUAUUGUCUACUGGUAGGACAUCGGCUUUCCUAAAUGUAUUUCAUUAAUGUUAAGUAUUUCAAAAAUAUCUGUAAAUAGUCACUAUAGUUAAGGGUGUAUCGGCUGGUUAGCACUUUGUUGAAUGUUUAUUGGACUCUUCUCUAAGCAACAGAGAAUUAACUUUGAUGGGGUUUUUUUCCAUGUGUGACAUUAUGCUCGUAUUCUACGGAUACAGUUUGUAAGCAGAGUUCGGUGGAGCCGAGGUGGAUAUGAAGGGAUGUGAUUGAUACCUUAGGGUUUUGCUAAGAUGCAGUUUGCUGAGAAAUUGAGGCAGUGACAUAAAGAAAUGGAACAGACAUCCCAACUAAAUCUCAGCCUUAAGCACUUUAAUCUUCAUAUACGGGAUCUCUGUCAUGAAGGAUUGUUUUUCUUUCAGCAGCAGCCACUGGAGGGGGCACUUUCCCUUAAACACUUGCAAACUGUAUCUGUUACUCUAUGGUGCUCCAUAAUGUCAUUUCUUCCCAAAAGCAGUUUUGACUAAAAAAAUGUUUUACAGCACAUUAUGAGUGUUCCUUGCACAUUACGUCAGUGUUCAGUCAUAUUCCUUUGUUUUUAUUGUUGCUGAUGUAUCUCUUUAUUGCAAUUUGCCUAAUUGAUUAGAUACCCUUUUUGUUUGUUGUGUUUUGAGUUUUUGAUCUGUAAGUUUUCACUGGAAAAUUAGGAUACAAGCUAUUUACAAAUCUCAUGGUGAAUGGGAUGCUGCUUGGGGGACCUGAACUGAACGUAGUACUAGUGCGACACGAGCUCUCUCACCAGCAUUAUUUCAAAUGCAAACUGAGAUGCAACUAAAUGUUUUUCUUUCUAGACAUCCCGUCAUGUCGAGCUUUAAUGGACCUGCACAGCAUGAAAAGUAAAAGCAGCCAUUUAAUGUAGAGGCGCCGUAAGCCUGCAGUAUGUUACACACAGCUUUUUUCUUUUUACGAGCAAAUCUUCUGCAGCCUUGAGGAUCUUAACUGAACAUCCUUACACAAAAGACAUGAUAUAAUGCCUUCCUGCAUAUUCAAAUCUAAAUGUCAUCCAGCUGCAAUGGGAUUAAAUAUCCGGUUUUCCACUAAAAGCUUCUUAUGAUUGUUGUUGACUGAUCACACUUUUUCCCACCACUCAGUGCCAUAUUUGAGAUUUCUACAUACCCCCUGAUUAUAUUGUUUGUUGUAUGUGUACUUCUGACUCUUGUAAAUAGCUGGUUGUAAAUAUACAUCUAAAUAAAUGUGUGUCUUUGUA